AUGUUUUGUAAUAUAUACGUGGCCGGGAAGCUGGCACACCCAGCUUCUGCAGUCUCUGAUUGCAGAAGCCGGGUGCGGGGCAGGGAAGCCGUGGCCGGGAAGCUGGCACACCCAGCUUCUGCAGUCUCUGAUUGCAGAAGCCGGGUGCGGGGCAGGGAAGCCGUGGCCGGGAAGCUGGCACACCCAGCUUCUGCAGUCUCUGAUUGCAGAAGCCGGGUGCGGGGCAGGGAAGCCGUGGCCGGGAAGCUGGCACACCCAGCUUCUGCAGUCUCUGAUUGCAGAAGCCGGGUGCGGGGCAGGGAAGCCGUGGCCGGGAAGCUGGCACACCCAGCUUCUGCAGUCUCUGAUUGCAGAAGCCGGGUGCGGGGCAGGGAAGCCGUGGCCGGGAAGCUGGCACACCCAGCUUCUGCAGUCUCUGAUUGCAGAAGCCGGGUGCGGGGCAGGGAAGCCGUGGCCGGGAAGCUGGCACACCCAGCUUCUGCAGUCUCUGAUUGCAGAAGCCGGGUGCGGGGCAGGGAAGCCGUGGCCGGGAAGCUGGCACACCCAGCUUCUGCAGUCUCUGAUUGCAGAAGCCGGGUGCGGGGCAGGGAAGCCGUGGCCGGGAAGCUGGCACACCCAGCUUCUGCAGUCUCUGAUUGCAGAAGCCGGGUGCGGGGCAGGGAAGCCGUGGCCGGGAAGCUGGCACACCCAGCUUCUGCAGUCUCUGAUUGCAGAAGCCGGGUGCGGGGCAGGGAAGCCGUGGCCGGGAAGCUGGCACACCCAGCUUCUGCAGUCUCUGAUUGCAGAAGCCGGGUGCGGGGCAGGGAAGCCGUGGCCGGGAAGCUGGCACACCCAGCUUCUGCAGUCUCUGAUUGCAGAAGCCGGGUGCGGGGCAGGGAAGCCGUGGCCGGGAAGCUGGCACACCCAGCUUCUGCAGUCUCUGAUUGCAGAAGCCGGGUGCGGGGCAGGGAAGCCGUGGCCGGGAAGCUGGCACACCCAGCUUCUGCAGUCUCUGAUUGCAGAAGCCGGGUGCGGGGCAGGGAAGCCGUGGCCGGGAAGCUGGCACACCCAGCUUCUGCAGUCUCUGAUUGCAGAAGCCGGGUGCGGGGCAGGGAAGCCGUGGCCGGGAAGCUGGCACACCCAGCUUCUGCAGUCUCUGAUUGCAGAAGCCGGGUGCGGGGCAGGGAAGCCGUGGCCGGGAAGCUGGCACACCCAGCUUCUGCAGUCUCUGAUUGCAGAAGCCGGGUGCGGGGCAGGGAAGCCGUGGCCGGGAAGCUGGCACACCCAGCUUCUGCAGUCUCUGAUUGCAGAAGCCGGGUGCGGGGCAGGGAAGCCGUGGCCGGGAAGCUGGCACACCCAGCUUCUGCAGUCUCUGAUUGCAGAAGCCGGGUGCGGGGCAGGGAAGCCGUGGCCGGGAAGCUGGCACACCCAGCUUCUGCAGUCUCUGAUUGCAGAAGCCGGGUGCGGGGCAGGGAAGCCGUGGCCGGGAAGCUGGCACACCCAGCUUCUGCAGUCUCUGAUUGCAGAAGCCGGGUGCGGGGCAGGGAAGCCGUGGCCGGGAAGCUGGCACACCCAGCUUCUGCAGUCUCUGAUUGCAGAAGCCGGGUGCGGGGCAGGGAAGCCGUGGCCGGGAAGCUGGCACACCCAGCUUCUGCAGUCUCUGAUUGCAGAAGCCGGGUGCGGGGCCGGGAAGCUGACGCACCCAGUUUCUGCACCACCCGGAAACCUCGACCUGUCUCCCAGUUGGUUGCACAGCAGGUUACUCAGCAGUUUGUGCCCCCUACACAGUCAAAGAAAGAGAAAAAAGAUAAAGUAGAAAAAGAAAAGAGUGAAAAGGAAACAACUAGCAAAAAGAACAGUCAUAAGAAAACCAGGCCAAGAUUGAAAAAUGUGGAUCGGAGUAGUGCUCAGCAUUUGGAAGUUACAGUUGGAGAUCUGACAGUCAUUAUUACAGACUUUAAGGAGAAAACGAAGUCACCGCCUGCAUCUAGUGCUGCUUCUGCAGAUCAGCACAAUCAGAGUGGCUCUAGUCCUGAUAACACAGAGAGGGGAAUGUCCAGGUCAUCUUCACCUAGAGGAGAAGCCUCAUCAUUGAAUGGAGAAUCCCAUUAAAGUUUAUUUUCUCCAAUUUCUUAGUUCAGUCAUAUCAUGCAAAUAUACAGAUUAUGCCAAGAAGUACCACAUUUUCAUGACAAACAUAUUCAUGCACAAUUCAUAAUUUGCAUUUUACAUAAAAGAGAAAUUUGUUAGAAUUUGUUAGAUUUGAUUGCAAUCUAUGCCUACCAAACAUUUCCAGACUUUAACAUUUUGGUCUCCACAAUUAAAGGUGCCAUGAAAAUGUGGUUGAAUUAUUCAUUAUGCAGUGUUAUUGGUAAGUCUAUUUUCACUUUUAGUUUAGUGAAUUCUAACACAUAAUUCUUGAAUUCUCUACUAUUGGCAUGUAACGAAGUUAAAUUUUUAUAACAUAGUGCAACCUGCCUAAAUAUGUAUUAUUUGAGAAUUGUGAAACAAAUAGUUAUAUGUAUACAAGUCAAAGAUCAACUUAAUCAACUAUUGCUGCAACAGGAUUUUCUUAAUGGCUAUCCUCUUAAUACACCUGCUGGUACUUGGUGUGGUUAAAUAGAAAAACUGUUAUUAAAUAAAGAAUUUGUAUGAACCGUUGCCAAUAUUUUUGACACAUUUUGCUAAAUUAUUUUUUCCUGAAUUAUGUUUCUGGUUUUACCUCCUUUUUUUUUUUUUUUUUUUUUUUUGCUUUUUUUUUUUUGCUUUCAAAACAUUCAUUUGUUGUAAUGUUUACUCUCAGACUAGUAAACAAUAAAACAUUGAUUAUUUAGCUUUAUAAUUCAAGUUUAGUGCUAUUGUCAUUGAACACUGGUAUUUUCUGUAUUAUAUAAAAUAUUAAAAUUCAAAUAAUUAUAAGCAUUUGACAAAAGCAGAAGAGAAAAGAAACCUGCCAUAUUUUAAAAGCUGCAAUUUUGGAAAAGCUUUAACUUAAUAGUUCUAUCACUGUUUCCUCGCCCCAAACUUUAUCCAGGGUUAUAGAAGUAUGAAUCUAAUAAAUACAGAAAUGACAACUAUUGCACAGAACUGGGAAAAAAACUAGUUUUAAAUCAGUUUAAUUGGCCUCUUACUAAAUGUAACAAUUCUUACGAAAAUCAUAGUGCCCUAUUUUCAGACACAACUGCCAGUUUAUGCAUUUAUCAAUAUCCCAAAAUAAAUAUUUACAGCUCCACUUACUAUUAUGUAAAGUUAUGAAUAAAAUAUUUUUAUGACUACAGAUUUUGCAUUUUUGUUUACAACUAAUAAAGUGUUUUAUGUUAUAUUUAAAAAUCAAACCUAGAAACCACACAGUACUUCUUAAGUUCUCCUAAGGUCUCCUGCUUUUUCUUAGCCAUUUACUUAAUAUAUAGCCACCUGUAGGAGACUUCUGCAAUAUCAAUGAACUUAACAAUAUAACUUGGAUACAAAAUAUCACAUAAAGACAUCAUGAUAGCAUUUUAAGAAAAAAAUAAAACUGUAGACCCUGACA